AUGGCUUUGGGACUCUCUUCCAAGAUUGAGGAUGAUAGAAACUACAGGAAUGGUUUCGAAAUGGUAUACCUAGAUCCAAAUCCCAGCAGCUAUUAUACAAUAACUGUUUUCGACAGGGAUAUUCAACUGCAAUUAAAGCCAAACACAGCACUUUUAAACAAUCAUUCACGGAUAUCAUUCUAUGAUGGAGUUGAAUGGACCCUGGAUUCAAAUAACAUGCCAAGCUGCCAUUUUCUGCAUUCUGAUUCUAGGACUAGUGCUGCUCUAAGCUUUUGCAACGACCAAUAUGUGACAGGAUUAGUAUUCCUUGAAGAUUCAACUUUGGAAAUACAGCCUUCACCUUUAAGAAUGAAAAGGAAAUGGAAAUUGGGGAACAAUAACAAAGUUCUUCACAUGAUCAAGAGAGCAACACUUCCAAUGCGUCCACGACUUUUCUCAACAGACUCAGUGCAACUUCUACCAGCUCUUCCUGACCAUAGAAAUGAUGAACCAACAGAUAAUUUGGUACGAAAUGUAAGAAGUGACCAAAGAUUAACCCUGGAGACAGCUUUAUUCUUUGAUGAGGCUGGCUAUAAACUUUUCUCUCCCUAUUUUGAAAAUAAUGAUGACAAGCUGAAAAACAUGCUGCUGGCAUAUCUUAAUGGGUUAUUGGUGCAGGCCGCAGCGUAG